AUGACGGGGGCGCCCCCAUAUAAUCCUCAUUCCCCUACCCAACAGUCUCGCUAUCCCGCUUAUUCGCCACCGAAUAAGACUCCUCACCCUUUUUUACCAGGCAAUGAUCAAUACCAGCAGCAUCCACCGCAGACGCCGCCAGCCUAUCCCCCACACUCCGCGCUUGCCAGGAGCCCUCACUAUGCCCACGCGACGCCAUCCCUGCCCGCCACGUUACCACCGUUGAGUAGCGACCCGAGCGCUCAGUACCAGAUGCAUUCGGCCGCGCCUACUCCGCAGUUCUCGUUGCCCCGGCCAUACUCGGGUUCGAUGCUGCCGGGCAGCGGCGCAUCUCCAUAUGCUCAGUCUACGCCAUCGCAUGCUCCUCCUCCGCCCCGGCUGGAGAGUCAUUCGCAGUCUCCUACCAAGAGGGAAACGGAUUCUUCGUAUUCAAUGGUUGGGAAUAAUGCUCCGGGCUACUCGAUGAUGCGAGAGCCGCCAAGGCCGGCUUCUCCCACACAGGAAGCAAAACCAGCGAGAGCGGCCGAUCCCAUGUCGUUUGCCAGUAUCCUCUCGGGCCCUACUGAAGAGGAGCGCCUGCCCCCGAAGAGACCUUCUCCUCCCCCGGCACAGAUGGCUCCCGUUGCGCCUCCUCCGCCACCAUUGUAUAUAGCGGGCCAGACGCCGAAAGAAUCAGAGCAGGUUCCGGUCUAUCCAAUGCCAAGGUUCGAGGAAAAGCAGCCGAUAAGGGAGCGUCGUCGAAAUGUGGAGCAGGAGGAGCAUCUUGUUGGCAGUCUACCUGUCGCCUCUUCCGCCAACGGUGAUGUUCCGGACAUAAAGAAGACUUCUGCACCAAUUCGGGUCCCUGCGCCGCGCAAGCUCACCGAGCGGGAUAUGGAAAUUAUCAACAAAAUCACCGCCGAUAUCGACAAUGGGGAGAAGAGCGAUGUGGAGGCACCGGGUUUUGAAGCGGAGUAUGAACGUUACAUCUCCAAGGGCAAGAAGCGUGCUCUCAGCACCGAAAAGGCCGAGAGUAUGAAGCGCAAGCGCCGACGACAAGAUUUCCUCAUCAGGCUUGGCAAGACAUUUGAGAAACAAUCGACCACAGGAAUGGAUCGUUUCAGAUAUGACCACGAGGAGAAGGUCAUCUUCGAAGUACAAGAUAAAGAAAUCCAAGAUGAGAAGGAACGCAAGAAGGACAUGCAACGGAAACGGCGACGGGAGAAUACGGUUCGGCUUGAGAUGCAGAGAAAGCUUGAGGCGGAACGGAAAGCGAACGAGACCGACGAUGCUGCUACAAAAGCCAAGCUUAUGCGGGAAGUCGAGCGAGCUCAGAAGAAGAUCAAAUCCACCAAGAGAGCUUUGGAAGGCGUUACAUCUCCCGAGGAGAUUGGCGAAGUGACUCCCCUGGCCCCCAACCUCGAAGGGGGUACCACCAGUUCCUUCCAUAUUGGCAGGAGCUCUCCGUCGCGGCGCAAGUCGAACCGUGGGGGCACCACUGCCCGGCCCAAGAAGUCCAAGGAGCAAAAACAAGCCGAAAAAGAUGCCGCAGAAGCCGCUUAUGCGGCUAUGGCUAGUGACGAGCCUACAUCUCUUGCUCCCAUGGAAGAUCCUCGGAUGGAGUCGCUCAAGAAAGAAACCAAGGGUGGUCGGUCCAAGGAGUCCACGCCCAUUCCCAUGGCAUCGUACGACAGUAAGGGCUACAACCAGAUUUACGAGCAGAUCUGGCGAGACAUUGCGCGUAAAGACAUUCCCAAGGUCUAUCGUAUCAAGGCUACUUCGCUUGGUACCCGCCAAGAAAACCUGCGCAAGACGGCUCAACUGGCCAGCAAGCAAUCUCGCAAGUGGCAGGAACGUACAAACAAGAGCAUGAAAGACACCCAGGCUCGCGCCAAGCGGACUAUGCGAGAGAUGACGACUUUCUGGAAACGGAACGAGCGAGAGGAGCGUGACUUGCGCCGUCUGGCUGAGAAGCAGGAGAUCGAAUCGGCCAAGAAGGCGGAAGCUGAGCGUGAGGCCAACCGCCAGAGGCGCAAGCUCAACUUCCUUAUUUCCCAGACCGAACUGUAUUCUCACUUCAUUGGCCGGAAGAUCAAGGGCACGGAGGCCGAUGCCUCUGGAGACACUGCUGUUGACGGUUCGAACGAGAUCGUCCAGUCUGGCAAGGGCCAGGAGCAUACUGUGGACAUGCCUCCCAGUGUCGCAGAUCCGAACACCAAGGUUACCACCAGCUUCGACGAAUUGGACUUUGAUGCAGAGGACGAAACGGCUUUGCGACAGGCUGCCAUGGCCAAUGCGCAGAAUGCCGUUCAGCAAGCCCAGGAUCGUGCGCGCGCUUUCAACGCUGAGCAGGACCAGAUGGCGGCCUUUGAUGAGGGCGAGCUGAACUUCCAGAACCCCACCAGUUUGGGUGACAUUGAGAUUUCUCAGCCGACCAUGCUUACGACCAAAUUGAAGGAAUACCAGUUGAAGGGUCUCAAUUGGUUGGUCAAUUUGUACGAGCAGGGUAUCAACGGUAUUCUGGCCGAUGAAAUGGGUCUCGGAAAGACUAUCCAGUCCAUCUCAGUCAUGGCUUACCUCGCUGAAUACCACAACAUCUGGGGUCCGUUCUUGGUCAUUGCUCCCGCGUCCACCCUGCACAACUGGCAACAGGAGAUCACCAAGUUCGUUCCCAACAUCAAGGUCUUGCCCUACUGGGGUUCAUCCAAGGACCGUAAGAUUCUUCGGAAGUUCUGGGACCGCAAGCACAUAACUUACACCAAGGACUCAGAGUUCCACGUACUAGUGACUUCGUAUCAGCUGGUGGUUAUUGACGCGCAGUACUUCCAGAAGAUCAAGUGGCAGUACAUGAUUCUUGAUGAGGCUCAGGCUAUCAAGUCGUCGCAGAGUUCUCGUUGGAAGAACCUUCUUGGGUUCUCUUGUCGGAAUCGUCUCUUGCUUACUGGUACGCCUAUUCAAAACAACAUGCAGGAACUCUGGGCUCUUCUGCACUUCAUCAUGCCGACCCUGUUCGACUCUCAUGAUGAGUUCAGCGAGUGGUUCUCGAAGGAUAUUGAGUCGCACGCGCAAAGUAAUACGAAGCUCAACGAGGACCAGCUUCGACGUCUGCACAUGAUCCUGAAGCCUUUCAUGCUCCGUCGUGUCAAGAAGCACGUCCAGCAAGAGCUUGGAGACAAGGUCGAAAAGGAUAUUUUCUGCGAUUUGACCUACCGUCAACGGGCGUACUAUGCCAACUUGCGGAACCGUGUCAGUAUCAUGGAUCUUAUUGAACGGGCCGCCGUGGGUGAUGAGGCGGACAGCACAACCUUGAUGAAUUUGGUCAUGCAGUUCCGGAAGGUCUGCAAUCAUCCGGACCUGUUCGAACGCGCUGAGACAAAAUCGCCGUUCUCCCAAGCGCACUUUGCGGAGACUGCUUCCUUUGUGCGUGAAGGGCAUUUCGUUGACUUUGCCUAUUCAACGCGCAAUAUCAUCGAGUACGACCUGCCGCGACUUCUGUGUGACUCUGCUGGUCGUAUCGAUAUGGCUGGUCCUGAUAACAAGCAAGCCGGUUUUCGCAACAAGUACCUCGCCCACAUGUUGAACAUCUGGACUCCUGAAAACAUCAAAAAGAGUGCUGAGGAAGAUUCAGCGUUCUCGUUCCUUCGAUUCGUCGACACCUCUGCUGAAGAGGCCUACAAGACUUCGCAUCUUGGAGUCUUCGAGCGGGCAUACCGCCGUCGCGGAAAGACGAACCGGCUGUCCCGGCUAAACGUUGUCUACGACGGGGAUGAGGAUGAUGGCAACUCGGUCCUGUCUCAUUCCAUGUUGAAUAUUGUCGAUAGGAAUGACCGUCAUGCUUUGGAUGAGGUCGCUACAGAAGGCUACAUGCGCGACUUGAUGACGGUGUCUAGCUCUACAUUCGAGCGCAAGGGUCUUAGUAUUAUCGAACCUUCCGCGAGUCCGGCAGCCUCGGCUCCGCCGAUCCAGGUUUCCUGCUCUAACCAGGGAGCCUACAAGGAAAUUAGGGACAGCUUCUUCAACAUUCCUGUGCGACAUGCUUUGUACGGCAUCCCGUCGAGGAGCAUUGACGAACAGAUUCUAGAGCACAAGGCAGACCCAAGACUGUUCACAGCUGCGCCGAUCCUGCCGAAGCCGAUCUCUGACAAGGGACGGUACACGCACAUCGAAGUGCCAUCCAUGCACCGAUUCGUCACUGACUCGGGUAAACUAGCCAAGCUAGAUGAACUGUUACGCGAGCUCAAGGCGGGCGGUCACCGUGUACUGCUGUACUUCCAGAUGACUCGUAUGAUCGACCUCAUGGAGGAGUAUUUGACGUACCGCAACUACAAGUACUGCCGCUUGGAUGGAAGCACGAAACUGGAGGAUCGUCGGGACACGGUUGCGGACUUCCAGCAACGGCCCGAAAUCUUCGUGUUCCUGCUGUCGACCCGUGCUGGUGGUCUUGGUAUCAACUUGACUGCCGCAGACACGGUCAUCUUCUACGACUCCGACUGGAAUCCGACCAUUGAUUCGCAGGCCAUGGACCGAGCACACAGACUGGGUCAGACGAGGCAGGUUACGGUGUACCGACUCAUUACGCGCAACACGAUUGAAGAGCGAAUCCGCAAGCGUGCGUUGCAGAAGGAAGAGGUGCAGCGCGUCGUCAUUACGGGUGGCGCGGCUGGUGGCGUCGACUUCAACACUCGCAACCGUGAAAGCCGUACUAAGGACAUUGCGAUGUGGCUUGCAGAUGAUGAACAGGCCGAGCUCAUCGAGCAGAAAGAGAAGGAAGCUGCCGAGCGCGGCGAGGUGCUUGGUGCUGCUAAGGCUAGUAAGAAGGCCACGCAGAAGAAGAAGAAGGAGCUUUCUCUGGAUGACAUGUAUCACGAGGGCGAAGGCAACUUUGACGAUGCCAAUAAACAACAGUCUGGAGCCGCAACGCCGGAUAUUGGCACACCGACAUCUACGCCGGCGCCUAAACGGGGCCGAGGACGAGGAGGUGGCAGUGCCAAAGGUACAUCCAAAAGAGCCAAGACGACCAACGAAAGAUUGCGAUUGAUUGAUGGCGACGGAGGACUGAGCUGA